AUGGCAGUGCAGGCUGUGAUCCUGACACCCACACCCCGUCACCUCCUUCCACCAAACGCACCAGCGGCCUUCCCCAAGGACUCCAAGCUGAAAGGGGACAACUAUGUCGACUGGGACCUCACCAUGUCACUUACUGUCGCUCGGGAGGUUUGUGCCUACUUGCGCCGAGGGAUGAUCUGUGAAGAGUCCACUCUCAGCUCGACAGGGGCGCCUCGGUCGUUGCGCGCACUUGCUAGCCCGCCCCCGGCGGUGGGGACUUAGACGCGCGCGACUGCCUCAGCGCGCCAGCGCCGGCGGAUUCAUGCGCGCGCCCGCUAGCCCGCCCCCUUGCGGUGGGGACUUAGGCGCGCCGGCGAUUUCACCCGCGGCUGACUUAGGGAUGUACAUUGUCACGCGCCUGGGACUAUCCCAGCGUGGCCCCCCCCUUUCUGUUUCUUAGCUUCCUUCUCAUCACUUCUGUUCGACUCUCAACCUCUCCUGACAGUAGUGGUGAACGUCUCAUAGGUACGCUGAAAUAGAUCACUUCUGUUCGACUCUCAACCUCUCCUGACAGUAGUGGUGAACGUCUCAUAGGUUAUAAGCCCACGAGCCACCAGCUGGCAUGACCACGACACCACCCCUCGCGACGGGUGCCAACCCUCCGAUUCCCGCCGAACAGCUCGCCGCACUUACAUCGCUGCUGUCGGGUCUCACCGCUGCCGCUUCCGGCACUGCCACACCCGCCACGACGUCCGGCACCACUCGCACUGCCUUUCCAAAGCACGCACGCUUGGAUGGUGCGAAGACCUUCGCGAACUGGACACGCCAACUUCGCCUGUGCCUAGCGGACGACAUCCGCUCGUACGUCCUCGACGGUAUCGCACCCGACGACUGGACACCUUCGCAACGCUCCGCUCGCGACGCCGUCGCUCGUGAGGUCCUUGCGAAUUCGAUUGACUCGGCCGAAGUCUCGGCAGUCCUCGACAAAAUCCCUACCGCCGACCUGACAGCGCCGACAAUCUACUCGACGCUGAAAUCGCGGUACGCCCCUGACGACGCCACCCGCACGCUCGAGCUCUUCUCACGACUCUGGGGUUUCCGUCCCAUGCCCGGCACGGUUGCCGAAUUCGACGGGUGGAUCAUGGACUUCAAAGCCGUUGCGCAAGAGAUCAUCGACACAAAGACAACUAUCAAUGAUGUUCUCGCCACACUCCUCCUUGCAAUCGCCCACCCGUCCCUCGAGAGCUUCAAGGCGUCGUUCACCGAUGAACAGCGCACGCAACGAACUCUCCCCGACAUUGAUUCGCUUGCCGACCGUAUGCGAGUCCAACUUCGGUCAACGAACAUCCCCAGCACUCAAUCGGCCCUUCUUGCCUCGUCGUCGUCACGUUCUACUCGUCUCAAGUGUCUCGCCUGUCGCAGCCCUUCGCACCGAGUCGCGGAGUGCCCUACGAGGGCGCAACACCCGCCGCCAGGACCCUGUCGCUCCUGCAAGAAGAAGGAUCACUGGUCUCUCGACUGCAAGAAGGCGCUCGAGGACGGCAAAAAGCCCGACACCGCUGACUCGACCGUCGACUCGCAACACCAUGUCGGAUGUCUCGCCACCGGUCUUCUCGCUCGUCGUCGCCAGCUUCGCAACCACUCUUUUGUCGUCGACUCGGGCGCCACUUCGCACAUGGUCUCGGACAAGUCGCUGUUCACGACCUAUCGCCAUAUCGCUCCUACGAAGAUUGGUGGUAUUGCAGGGGGCAUCAACGCCAUCGGAACGGGAAACAUCGCCUUCAUUGCCGCCUCGGGUCAUCCGAUCACGCUUACCGGCGUGCUGCACACUCCGGGCCUGUUUGUCAAUCUUCUCUCGGUCUCUCGACUUUGCGACACCGACGAUGUCCGUGUCGCCUUCACAAAACACGGCAUCCACAUUGACAAGGACGGCAACGACAUCGCUGAAGGCGCACGACUCGACGAAGGGCUCUACUUGCUGGACGCUGAUCAUUCCAAAUGUCAGCACCUUGCUCUCCUUUCUCGCUCACAGUCGUCCGUGCCCCUGCUGACUCUCCAUCGCUGCCUCGGCCAUCUCGCACCGUCCUCCAUACAGAAGAUGGUUGCCGCUGGUUUGCUGGAGGGUCUCAGGGCCGGAUAUAGUGACGAAGAGGUAGAGAAGUUUGUCUGCAAUGCUUGCCUCAGCGCAAAGGGCCAUCGUCUUCCCUUUCCCGAUUCGGAUUCGCACUCCUCAGAGAGACUCGGCCUUGUACACAGCGAUGUGCUUUCCUUCCCCGAGCGGUCCUUGACUGGCAAACGUUACCUGGUCACAUUCCUUGACGAUUACUCGCGCAAACUCUGGGCCUACGCAAUCGGACACAAAAGCGAAGUCUUCGGCAUAUUCAAAACUUGGCUAGCCGAGGUUGAACUCGAGACGGGUGCGACGCUGAAGGUCCUCCGAACCGACAACGGUGGCGAAUACUGUUCGAGAGCGUUCACAGAGUUCUGCAAGACACGAGGCACCCGUCGACAAUACUCUAUCCCACGCACGCCUCAACAGAACGGUCGUGCAGAGCGGGUCAAUCGUUCCAUUGUCGAAGGCGUCCUUGCCCUCCUUGUCGACGCCCACCUACCCAAGACAUUCUGGGAGGAGGCUGCAGCUUAUUUCGUUUACUGCAAGAACCUGUGUCAACACGCGGCCCUGGACAAGGCAACACCAAACUCCGUCUGGCAGGGUGACCACACCACUGCCUCGGCGCUUCACCCGUUCGGCUGUACAGCUUGGCUUACGGUCGCGCCCGAACUUCGCUCCAAACUCGACCCGAAGGCGGUUCGCGUUUUUUUCACCGGCUACGACCUGGCUUCAAAAGCCUUUCGCUUCUACGACACUACAACACAGAAGAUUAUACUUGGCAGAAAUGCCACGUUCCUCGACACUGAAUUCCCCGGAUUACAUGGCGACCCCACUGAGCAAGACGGCGACACGCACUUCGCCAGCGCUCCCACCACCGAAUCUCAAACCGUUGUCAAGACAUGGACCCCACUAGUAAGGUCGGCGCACAUGGACGUCUCAUCCCCCCUUGAUGAUUCUGCCAUGAGCGCCGUUGACGUGGCCCCAGGGUACACUGGCGGAACCUUACUUAACUUCACAGAUGCCGAAUCGUCCUCGUCACCGUCGCCUGCGUCGCCCUCAUCACCGUCGUCUGCGCCAUCGCCUGCACUUUCACCAUCGUCGGCUGCGUCAUCGUCACCCUCGGCCUUACCGACCGACUCUGAAGACUCCGCCGAUCCCCUCGACCUCCUCGGCUCACAGCCCCAGGUUCGCCUCGAUCUACAGGACGUGCACCACCCAGACUUCAGCACGUACCGCGAGCCCGCAUCGGCUGAGGAGUCGCCCGACGAACUCGACCUCAUUGGGCGCCACUCUCGCGACGAAUCUCCGGACGAAAUCGAUUUCCUCACCCGACACCACCGCGCCUUCAUCGCCAUCGACGACGACACCUCUGACACAGAGGCAAUUCAGCCAGUCAAGUCCAUCACGAGCGACCCACAGACCUGGCGCGAGGCGAUGUCUAGCGACAAGCGUGAAGUAUGGGCCAAAGCCGCCACCGACGAGUUCACCUCCAUGCGCGACGACUUCAAGGUCUUCACCAUCGAGGACCGAGCCACGGUGCCCGCGGGUGCGACUAUCGUUACAUCCAAGUUCGUCUGGAAAACGAAACGGAACGCACUCGGCGAAGUCACUGGACACAAGGCAAGGCUGGUCGCGCAAGGCAAUCGGCAACGCGACGGCAUCGACUUCAACGAAACGUUCGCACCGGUCGCACGCUUCUCCUCGAUACGCUCACUCCUCGCGCUGGCGGCCGCCAACGGCUUGCACGUGCACCAGGCGGACAUCGACAAAGCAUAUCUGCAUGGCGACCUUGACCACGACAUCUGGAUGACGGCACCGCGCGGCUUCGACCUUCCCAGCGACAAGGUGCUUCGCCUGCGACGCUCCAUCUACGGGCUCAAACAGGCUGGCCGAAUCUGGAAUCGACACAUCGACGCUUCGCUUCGGGCCCUCGGUUACACGGCGACGGGCACCGACCACUGCGUAUACUCUUGGCUCGAUGAUCGUCAAUGUCCACACUACAUCGCACUGUACGUCGACGACCUCCUGAUGAUCAGCCCGGAACUGGCCGAAAUCGAACGUGUCAUCUCAGGCCUGGACCAACGCUACGGAGUCAAGCGCCUCGGCCCGGCCGAGUAUAUCCUCGGCAUCCAGAUCAGGCGGUUCGACGACGGCUCUAUCGCCCUAUCCCAGGAACGGUACAUCAUGGACGUGCUCGCUCGGUUCCACUUCGACACCACGACUCGCGGCACUACAGUUCCGAUGACUCCCGGCCUUUCGCUCACUGCUAUCCCGGGUCAAGGCACCGAACGGAUCAGGUCAUGGUAUCUGCAGGCUAUCGGCUCGCUCCUCUACAUUUCGCUCGGUACCCGCCCUGACAUCGCCUUCGCCGUGUCCUACCUGGCCCGCUUCGCCAACAACCCCGGUCGUCGUCAUUGGAUUGCGGUCAAGCACAUCCUACGCUAUCUCCGGGCCACGUAUCGCAACGAACUCGUGUAUGCUCGCGGCCAGGCUCGCAUCACGGGUGUGGUAGGCUACUCCGACGCGAACUGGGGGGCCUGCAUCGACACAUCGGUGUCCACCAUGGGCUACGUCUUCUACAUCGCUGGCUCGGCCGUGUCCUGGUCGUCCAAACGCCAGUCUCGAGUUGCCGAUUCGACCACCGACGCUGAAUACCUCGCCCUCUCGCAUGCUGGCAAGGAAGGGAUUUACCUCAGUCAGCUGCUCGAAGAGCUCCAUGUACAACCUGUUGCACCGGCUCACAUCUUUACUGACAACGAAGCCGCUGCUGCAGUUGCUCACGAUCCUGUCCGCGUCUCUGGCACUCGGCACAUACGCUUGCGUGAGCACUUCGUUCGGGACAUGGUGAAUCGGGGCGACAUCUCUCUCUCGCAUGUGGGUACCAGCGACAUGGUGGCCGACAUCUUCACCAAGGCUCUCGGCCCAAAGGUCUUCUCAACGCACUGCUACGCCCUCGGCCUUCGCACUCGACACCCGCGGCUUGGGUCUGCCUCGCAUUCGCGUGGGGGGGGGUGUGAAGAGUCCACUCUCAGCUCGACAGGGGCGCCUCGGUCGUUGCGCGCACUUGCUAGCCCGCCCCCGGCGGUGGGGACUUAGACGCGCGCGACUGCCUCAGCGCGCCAGCGCCGGCGGAUUCAUGCGCGCGCCCGCUAGCCCGCCCCCUUGCGGUGGGGACUUAGGCGCGCCGGCGAUUUCACCCGCGGCUGACUUAGGGAUGUACAUUGUCACGCGCCUGGGACUAUCCCAGCGUGGCCCCCCCCUUUCUGUUUCUUAGCUUCCUUCUCAUCACUUCUGUUCGACUCUCAACCUCUCCUGACAGUAGUGGUGAACGUCUCAUAGGUACGCUGAAAUAGAUCACUUCUGUUCGACUCUCAACCUCUCCUGACAGUAGUGGUGAACGUCUCAUAUGAUCGACCCCACGUGGACUCCCACAGUGCGCUCGCGCUGGCAAGACUACGCAUUGCAUGUACUCGCGGGCUCACUUACGCCUGCCACGAAGGCCACGAUUGGCCCGGUAGCAGGGGGGAUCUGCCCACGACUGCUGGCUCGCCCUAGCCGCUUGCUACGCACCAAGCGAUGCUCAAGGGCACUUGACCCUGAUCAAGGACUACUUCGGCAUGCCACAAUGCCCAUCCACUUGGGAAGGUUUCAUCGGCUGGUCGAAUCGAGCAUUGGUCCUCAUCAACCACCUUCGAAUGGCCCAGCUCGAUAUAGAACAGGCGAUGGCGGCCCGCGCGAUCGACAACCUGCCGCCCAUGUUCGACGGCUGGCGUACCACAUUCUACGCGCUUCAGGCCGACAAAACCAAGCUCCCCAGGGCUGAGGAUAUCUUCGCAUCCAUGGAGGCCGUUGCUCGAACCUCGCGCGACCUGUCAGGAUCACAGCCUGCACUGCCAUCAAUACUCGAAGGAAGUCUCCCAAGUUUGCGGCCGGAGUCGACAUCAGCUACCGGUUCGUUCAUUGCAAGCAUUGUGGGCGCGAUGUCGUAGUUGUGAGGGCGCGCGGGCGCCCUCAGUGGUCGAGGGUUCGAUCCGCCCGGAGCGCGAUCGGCCUUUUGGUUUCUUUUCCUUUUUGUUAUCCGAGGCCCGGCUUCGGGGUUUUUACCGGUGCCUUGCGGGCAAUCCUUUUUACCCCUGAAGCGACCUCGUGGUGUAGUUAUUUGACUCAGUCUUUCUUUCGCUCGGAGCACUUCCCUCCCUUUGCUUUUGCCACCCUUCCCCCAGAGCUUGGUCCACUCAUUAUCAUGACUCGUACCCUCCCUCUUUUUACCCAUUUCGCUGGCAAUUAAGUCCGUUACACUUGAUUUGCUGCGAAGCCUUCCGACCGAAUCCACUCCUCGGUCGCUCUCGGUCGACUGCCGCCGCCUCGGUCGACACCCCUUUCGCUUCUUCGCGCUUUCGCGCACUCUCUCGCUCUCUCCCUCGUCUCUCGCAUGUAGUCAUCGUCAUCCCCUCCGACGUUGCCUGUCACGACCAGUCUGCCCCAGCCCUCGUCGCGAAGGCGGUCGUUUUGACAAAGAGCGCAGCACCUGGCAGGAAGGGGAAAUGGGACCGAUCUGGACCUGCUCCCAGCAACUGCCCAGUCUGCGGCCAAGGGAAGCAUUGGGCGGACAAGUGUCCUGACUGUUGA